GGUAGGUAGGUAGGUAGUAAGCAGUGAGCUACCCUCUCUUGCUGCCCCUCCUUUGAUUUCACCACCAGACUGCGACGCAUCCCUCGUACUAAAAUGGUACGUGGAGCUCAAUCACAACUUCCAACCACCACCACAACCACCACCACCACCAACAACAACAACAACCCAGAUAGACAUCAGUGACAGCACCGACCUGAGCCUCCCAACCCCCACUGAUUGUUUCGAGACGCCAAUCCCGCCUGCAGACCUCCGUGUCGGAAAGUCCACACCAUCUGCCCCUCCCCCGGAGUCCUAUUGAGCGGACAGGAUGUCUCGUCACCAAGCAUACCGCAAUUAUGAUUACGAGAACGACAUCAACGAAUACGAUGGAGACGGAGAUGGAUAUUCGGACGAGGGAGAGGAACUUAGCCCGGAGGAUCGAGCCCAGAUGGACGCCGGCACCGACGAAAUUCGGGCUUCCCUCGGCAGCGAAUCAUCCAAGGUCACCACUCAACAGAUCCAAGAGGCACUAUGGCAUUAUUACUAUGACGUGGACAAGUCCAUAGCUUAUCUAAUAAGCAAGUUCAUCGCGCCUCCUAGCAAGAAGAAAGAGCCAGUGCCAAGUCCAGAUGACGUGGUCUUGGCAGCACAGUCCCAAGCAGGCAGCAAGAAGCCGGCUGCUGGUACAUCCAAGAAAAAAGCCGACUCGGGCACGAAAAAGGGCGAUGUCACGGAUCGUGUAAAGGACCUGAAGAUCGACGACACACCACUGCCGAAAAGCAAGAACCUUGAUGUCUUGAAGGAGUUCGAGAAGGCCAAUAGCAAGAAGAGCGCAAGUUUUGUAGUUGUCGGCCACGUGGAUGCUGGCAAGAGCACCCUCAUGGGGCGCCUACUCCUUGAUCUUCACGUCGUUGACCAAAGAACCAUACAGAAAUACCGCAAGGAGGCUGCGAGUAUUGGAAAGUCGUCAUUUGCGCUCGCAUGGGUGCUAGAUCAGCGCUCUGAAGAACGGUCGCGGGGUGUGACGAUCGAUAUCGCGACAAACAGGUUCGAAACGGACACUACUUUAUUCACGAUACUAGAUGCGCCGGGCCACCGAGAUUUCAUCCCCAACAUGAUUGCAGGGGCAAGCCAGGCCGAUUUUGCAAUUUUGGUUGUCGACGCCACGACGGGUGCGUUUGAGGCGGGGCUGAAGGGGCAGACGAGGGAACACGCCCUCCUCCUUCGGAGCAUGGGGGUAUCACGUAUAAUUGUCGCGGUGAACAAGCUAGACACAGUUGGGUGGUCGCAAGCGCGAUUCGACGAGAUCUCGCAGCAAGUGUCCGGCUUCCUAUCCGCGACAGGGUUCCAGCUCAAAAACGUCAGUUUCGUGCCCUUAUCCGGCUUACACGGGGACAAUAUAGUAGCGAGAUCUAGGGACGAGGCGGCCGACUGGUACAGCGGGAAGACACUGGUGGAGGAGCUGGAAGGCUCGGAGCCCAUGGCCCGAGCGUUGCAUAAACCCCUGCGCCUAACUAUUUCCGAGGCAUACCGUUCGACUCAAAGCCCGCUCACCGUUUCUGGACGGAUAGAUUCCGGGUCGCUCCAGGCAGGCGACGCAUUGCUCGUCCAGCCCAGCGGAGAGAAGGCCUACGUCAAGUCGUUGGAGCUGGACCACCAGCCAGUAGACUGGGCGGUAGCGGGGCAGAAUGUCAUCAUCCACCUCAGCAACAUCGAUCCGAUUCACGUGCGCGUCGGCGAUAUCAUUUGCGACACAAAACAGCCUAUCGCCUGCAUUGACACAUUUACGGUCAAGGCCCUGGCGUUUGACAUUCUCAUGCCGAUGCAGGUGGACGUGCACCGGGGCCGACUACACGCGGCAGGUCAGAUCACAGAGAUAUCAGCACUCCUCGACAAGGUGAAGGGCACUGUAGCGAAGAAGAAGCCGAAGAUCGUGAAGCCAGCCAGCGUCGCGAGAAUUGUGGUCAAGAUGGGGACCAAGGUGCCGUUAGAGGCGGGCCAGAGAGUUGUGUUGCGGAGCGGCGGCGACACGGUUGCGGCGGGGUUGCUGGAGUAAUAAGACGGGGCGGCAUCUUGGCUACCUGGUCAGGGGACGGAGCCUACCUGAUAGCCUAGGACGAGCCAGGCGGGGACGUAGGUGGAUACCCUGUGCGUGGUUAUGAGCCGUCGCUGAUGUCGUUGAAACUGUGGCCUCAAGGUGCUGUGCCACAAUUGAGGCUCUGGAGAAUUAAUUAUAGCCACACUCUAUUUAUAUUGUGGAAUACCGCGUCCCACCCGACUUUUCCUACCCGACCGACCUAAUAGGCAGAAUACUAGCGUGCACUGUGCCUGGGUAUGCAUCCUAUGGGAAGAAGUAUGGAGGAGAGCCGCGAGAGGAGGCAUCCAACUUCAUAACUUCAUGACAGCCUCAAAGCGAUGGCCGUGUA